AUGUGUUUUUCUCAUUUAUCUUUUCUUUUAAUAUUUUCUCUUCUUGCUCCAUUGUAUGUCAAAGGUGUUGAUUGGAACAAUGUUCCAUUUGAAAAAAACUAUGCUAUUCUAUGGGGGAAAGAUAAUAUACGAAUUAUCAACCAAAGUCGGGAAGUUCAGCUUACCUUGGAUCCACAGUCAGGUUCUGGUUUCGGGUCCUUGCACAAAUAUGGUUCAGGAUCAUUUAGAAUGAGAAUUAAGUUGCCACAGAAGGAUUCCACAGCAGUGGUUUCAACUUUUUAUUUGAUUUCAGAUGAUGGACCUACUCGAGAUGAAAUUGACUUUGAAUUUUUAGGUGGAAAUAAAAAACGACCUUAUUUACUGCACACAAACAUUUAUACUAAUGGAAAAGGUAGUAGAGAACAAAGAAUACGUCUUUGGUUUGAUCCCACGGCAGAUUUUCAUGAUUAUACACUUAUUUGGAAUGAAAAACAACUAGCAUUUUUUGUGGAUAACACACCUAUAAGAGUGUUCAAGAAUACCAGAAAUAAAGGAGGAAUGUACCCAACAAAAGCCAUGAAGAUUUUGGCAACAAUAUGGAAUAGCACAUGGGCAGGUAAUGGAGCACCUGUGAAUUGGAAGGAUGGGCCAUUUGAAGCCCACUAUAGAGAAUUUGGCAUCAAUGCUUGCCAAGUCCAAACCACCAACAUCGAGGAAUGUAAUUCCUCUAGGUAUUGGUGGAAUGGGGCAAAGUUUUGGGAAUUAAAUACUCUUCAAAAACAAGUUUACAAAAAUGUGAGGAGAAAAUAUUUAAUCUAUGAUUUUUGUACUAAGAUGCCACGAAGUCCUGAAUGUUAA